UAUACUCUCGAUUUAUAAAGAAUCAAAUAAAUUUUAUAGAUGUAUAAUCAGAGUAAAUAUAUCGGAAUUUUUCAAUAUCUCUCUUUUACCGGAAAAAAAUAGCAGUUUAAAUUCAUUGUCCAUAAAUAAGAAAUUAGAAAAGAAAGUCUAACUUCUUUGCGAUGUUGACAUAUAAAUAUGUAUGAGUGAUACUUGAUGAGUGAUAUGUAUGAAUGAUACAUCUCUUAUGAAAGAGGCACGCAAUAUUUUAAGAUUUAAAUAUUUUUACAAGAGACAAUAGAUAGAGAAAAAGACUACAAUCAAUAUAAUAUCCGUAUGUCUUAAGGUAGCGGUUUUGUAUAGAUUGCAACAUUCGUAUAUAGCUAAUUUUUUUUCUUCAAGAAAAGAUUGCGAAGGACUACGUAUUCCUUCGCGAAAAGUCAGCGCAGCUGGAGGUGGUCGCACGCGAAUAAAAGAUGCACAAUGUAUAGUGGCAUCUUCGAAAAAAGAGCGGACUUUUGUGCUUAUACAUAUCUAUGACGGAAGUCCUCGGAUUUGGAAUGAUCAUACACGGAGGCACCACCACCAUGACACUGUUGGUGCAUAAAUUGGCCCUAAGCUGCGUUGGCAUUUGGCCUGUGAAGAAGAAGAAUCUCUUUAUGGAUCUCAGAUGGAUCAUUGCCGUAUUUUUGGAAGCGGUGCCAAUGUGCGUUUAUUUUACCGAAAUUUACCUUCAUUGUAACGGCGCAAAAAAGUCCUUUGACUCAGUAACACCCGGCGCCGCCGCCGCGUUAGCCCUCACAAGACUGAUCACGCCUCGUAUCCAUCGAGAGGAAUUACUCGAGAUAAUCACUUCCAUGACGGAUGAUUGGGUGACGCAGAAGGAUAAAAGAGUACGCUCGAUCAUGAAGAAGUACGCGACGAUGUCGACGCGUGUGACGAUACUCACCUUCAUUCUGGUGGGCAUCAUAGUCGGUGUUUACGCUUCUAUGGCGAUAUCGGCGAUCACUGGGAGAAAGCAUAAUAACGAGAUCGAUAAUGCAAACACGAGCCACGAGGACCGGAUUCACGAAUCGUGCGUGUUUCGAAGCGAGUCGUCGCGUCAGGCGUUCAUGAUCGUCCAGGCGAUGCAAAUGUUAAUCACCGGUAUAUCGACCUUCGGUACCACCAGUUUCUUCUUCGGAUUAGCCAUGCAUCUGUGCGCUCAGUUUGACGUUUUGAGCGUCAAGCUGUCCGAAUUCCGGAUCAACAAGGCGUAUCGCGCGAUAGCCGAAGCGGUCCAGAGGCACUGCCAGCUUAUCCGUUUGGCCAACUGUAUGGAGGAAUCGUUCAAUGCAAAUAUUUUGAUGUAUCUGUUCGUUACUACCACUCUCAUGUGUAUAGAUGGCUUCAUGUUAAUCGCGUCAUUACGUCUCGGCAAUCUAGCCAUGAUUAUACAUAGCGCUAGCGUUUUACUUCUCAUGAUGAUCCAAUUGUCAUUUUACACAUUCGCCGGUGACUGCUUGGAGAUGAGAAGCAUCGCGCUGUCAUACGCCACUUAUGACUGCGAUUGGUACGAGCUGCCAGCCAAUGUAGCCAGAGAUUUUCAGAUUAUUCUAAUGCGAGCCAGUAUUCCACAUCAAUUGACGGCCGGAAAGUUUUUGCCCAUGAACAUGAUUACGUUCAAAGAUAUUUUGAAAUCCACAGCGUCAUAUCUCUCAGUCCUGCGUGUCAUGUUAAAUGAAUAA